CGAAUCGAUUCCUCAAAUGAAUCCUCUCAGCGCUAGAGAGACACAUCGGGGUGUGUGAUCCUCAGCAGAUGCAGAAUUAUUGUAUUAAACAGCCAUCGUUUCAGUGUCUUAACCAUAGAGACACUGCAACCUCGACUGAUUUUCAUGAAGCCAUAAUGUAUUUGUAGUACGAGAAGAAGAAUCAUGUUCGUGAACACGGCAGUAGUCGUUAUUUCUUCAUUAAUGGGACUGCACGUCACAGGGGGCAUCUCUGUAGACGAUGAAGUUUAUCAGAGACCGCAUCGGCGCAAGGCUGAUGGAUUGACUGGCCCUGUAUACCAGCACAUGGGUGUUCUCAGUCAGGAAAAGGUUUUAGGAUUUAAAGAGGAAUUGCUUCAGGCCCAGUCCCGUGGACGGGUGGCAAAGCUGAUGCCCGCAGUGUUUCUAGAAUCCCAUUUCCAGAGAACUCCACAGAGGCAACCAGAUGUCAGCUUCCUGCAAAACAUUGACCAUGUGGAGAACCAACCUGUAUCUGCCCACCAUACGGUCACAAUGGAGGAGAAUGAUGACAUCGAGCUGUACGUGUCGUCUGUUGGAGCAUCAGAACCUGUGGCUCAUGAGGAAAUGAUCCGAUUGCUCAACAUCAACACCCUUCACCACAGCUCUGGGCCGCUUGCCACCACUGAAGCAGCCACUGAGAAGACUGUUUUCAAAGACCACCAUGAGAAGAACAGCAUUUGGGGUAAAGACGGCUUCUAUGUGCUGGUUAUCUGCCUCACAAUAUUCAUCAUCGUCUUCACCUGUUUAAUGGUGCUUUACCGAAUAAAGGAGAAGGAAUUCUUGGAUCAUCAGUUCAAAGACCCAUCCCCACCCAGCCGGGACGUACAGCUGGCACCCAUCCCUGUUCAUGGUGCUCAGCCCCCUCUGACCCUCAAGAACAGUAUGGUCCAGGCCAACCAGACGUCCAAACCCAGUGCCACCCAUUCUACCAGCAGCACAAGCGCCCCGUCCUGUAAUAUCAGCAUCCAUCAGACCCAUUCCAGCGUGACAACGUCAGAGCCACAGUGCCCACCCGGCCACUCUGUGGCUGAACUCAAACCCACUGUGUCCUCCACACAUUCACCCUUUAGAAUGAAGUCGGUUGCAGGCCUGCAGGAGCGACGUGGAUCUAAUGUCUCGCUGGUGCUGGACAUGAGUGCUUUGGGUUCGGUGGAGCCUUUGAGUAGUGCGGUUGUGACCCCACGUGAGCGUGCAACUCAGGAAUACCUGCAGUCAGCUGGUCGGGUCCUCUCACGCCAACAGCUACAUGACAUCACACUGAACACACAGUUGCUGCAGGCAGAGUUUGCUGAAAUUCCAAUGAACUUUGUGGAUCAGAAAGAACUGGAUAUCCCAAAUCAUGGAUCAAAAAAUAGAUACAAGACCAUUUUGCCAAAUCCACAUUCCAGAGUUAUUCUGAAGAGUAAGAACUCAAACGACCUGCUCAGCAGUUACAUUAAUGCCAACUACAUAAGAGGCUAUCUUAAAGCUGAGAGAGCCUUCAUUGCCACUCAGGGUCCAAUGAUCAAUACGGUGAAUGACUUCUGGCAAAUGGUCUGGCAAGAGGACUGCCCUGUCAUCAUCAUGAUUACUAAACUGAAGGAGAAAAAUGAAAAAUGUGUUCUGUAUUGGCCUGAGAAGAGGGGGAUCUAUGGAAGGGUGGAGGUCUUCGUUAAUAAUGUGAAGGAAUGUGACCACUAUAUAAUCCGCUCCCUUACACUAAAGCAAGGAGGCCAGAGUCGUAAAGUGCAGCACUACUGGUAUACCUCAUGGCCAGACCAUAAGACCCCAGAGAGCGCUGGACCCCUGCUGCAGUUGGUGAAUGAUGUUGAGGAGGACAGGAGAGGCUUUACAUCCCGUGGGCCGGUUAUUGUACAUUGCAGUGCUGGAAUUGGUCGGACAGGGUGUUUCAUAGCCACAACAAUCGGCUGUCGUCAGUUGGAGUUGGAGGGAGUUGUGGAUGUGCUGGGAAUUGUGUGCCAACUCCGGACAGACAGGGGUGGAAUGAUCCAAACGGAGGAACAAUAUGAAUUUGUGCAUCAUGUCUUGAGUCUCUAUGAAAGCCGCCUUCCCGUGGAGCCUGGACAGUGAACAGCUAGAGGAGCUUCAUUUUUCAUAACAAGAGAUCUGCUAUUGCCAUGAGCUUUCUGAUUCAGGAGAGAAGGCAGCAGAUAAUGUUUGUGAAGAUGGAUCUUUGUGGAAUUUUGUUAUCUGCGUGUCAAGGCAAGGGUUGCACACAUCACAACUCUGAUGUUUUCUGGAAGCCGUUAUUGCCGGCAAAUGUAUUUCUUGUCAUAACUUUUCAAUAGCCUCUGCCAUGCUUUUCAAGGCCACUAGUGUUAGGUGUCACUGUACAAGGUCUAGUUCCACUAAAUAAUGCUUUUUAAAAACUUUUAUAUUGUUUUCCUUCAUUUUAUCCGAAUAUAGGCUUGAAAACACCAACUGGGCAUUUGAAAAAUUCUGAAUUCUCUUCAUGAUGCAGUAUAAAUGAGGUAUUAUUAGAAAUUCUGUGUAUCAAAAUAUGUUCUUCAGAUGUUUCAUUAGAAUACAUAUUUGUUUUUCACUUUUGUAAUUAUUGGUUAAUGGUUUGUAGGCAUAUUUUUUUCUGCUGAUGCUGAACACAAUUUUUAAAUAUUCAGACUGUGUUUCCUGUUUUGCUGCUACUGAAUCUACAGUGGCGCAAAAGAAAUGCUGUUUGCAGUCUGAAUUGAAUGUUAUGAGAGAAGAAGGACUGGAUGCCUCAGAAUUUCUUUUGCGUUGGCGUUGCUGAAUGCACAUAAUGACAAACCAACAGCAAACCCAGAACAAAUUACUUUUUUGAGUGGAUUCCUUUAAAUAACUAACACAUAUGGAAUUCCUGAUCAUUUGUAUUGUUCUCUAGAGACUCACUUAAUCUGACACUGAUUCUUAAAUGGAUUAAAAAAGAGAAUCAGAAAAAACAAACAAAUUUGAAUACAUUUUCAGUCAUGAUUCAUGACAGCUUUGAAACCAAAAGAAAUAACAUCACAACACAUUUGAAAAAAAAAAAAAAAGAAGAAAGAUGUAAUUAUAUAAAAAAGCAAAAAUUUUGGAGGUUUUACUUGUGUAUAGAAAUAAAAUAAUUAUUAAAUAUUCAUAAUAAUGCAUACACAGUUUUAGUGUGAAAGUUCGUGUAUCCUGGGACCACAAGGGUUUUGCUGCUAAUACUGCAAUUGUUUAUGGCUUUAGGAAUUAAAUAUGUUGUUUGAAAGUGAAUAUUUCUAAUACAUUUGUUUUCUAUUGUAUUUAUUAUUAUGAAAAUUAUUGUUACUAUUACCUGAUACUUUUAUAAACUAUGGUUAUUGUCAGUGUGCACUGUUAUGCUAUAUAUUUUCCACUGUGUGGGCUUAAUGUUAGGCAGUCAGUGACUUUCCUAUUUAUGCUUAAUGAUGAUUAAUGUGAAUUGAAUUCUGUAAAUAAUGAACAAUCUAUCAUAACCACAAUAACAAUAUUAUAAACUGCACAUAUGGAUGCCUCAGACAGUGAGGGUAGCAGUAUAAGCAACCCAAACUGAUGAUCUGAGCUGUUUUUUUAGAUGAUUCUUUGGUUGUGGUAGAAUUGGUAAUGUAUGUAUGUUAGAAAUGUAUAACUUAGAAGUUUAACUUUAAGAACUAUAAACUUUAGAAGUUAUUAGUUAUUGCUAUACAGACAAUUCUUUCCAUUUACAUUGUGUGUUUGGUCCUAUAACAAUGUUAAACCAUCACCUAAAGCCAUAAUAUCACGUGUUUACAUUUUUGGCACUGCAAAUUCAUCCAAUAUGCUUAUUCUGUUAUUAACAUGUGAAAAUGUGUUUUUGUAAAGUGAAACUUUGUCUAGUCAGAAAGCAAAGUACAGGAAUUAUGAUUCUGACUUUAUGGUCAUUACUGCCAAUAAAUGAACCUGGGUUGUCA